CCUGUCCCCCCCCCACUGCUACGACAAUGAUGCAGUCACUCCCGACGGAGCUGAUGCUCCUGGUCUACAUCGUCACCUUCGUGACCGGCCUCCCCGCCAACGUGCUGGCCUUCUACGCCUUCUGCCGCAAGGUGCGCCGGAGGCCCACGCCCAUCGACAUCCUCCUCCUCAACCUCACCGUGUCCGACCUCAUCUUCCUCGCCUUCCUCCCCUUCAAGAUGAAGGAGGCGGCCGACGACAUGCUGUGGAACAUGCCCUACUUCCUGUGCCCGCUGUCCGGCUUCCUGUUCUACACCACCAUCUACAACAGCACCUUCUUCCUGACCGCCGUCAGUGUGGAGCGCUACCUGGGCGUGGCCUUCCCCAUCUGGCACAACCUCAACCGCAGGCCCGUGUACUCGGUGAUGGCCAGCGUCUUCUUCUGGGUCUUCUCCUCCACGCAGCUGAGCAUCGUCUACAUCAUGCCCUUCUACAACCCCACGGGCGGCAACGUCAGCCACGACAGGUGCUACGAGAACUUCACCCGCGAGCAGCUGCACAUCCUGCUGCCCGUCCGCCUGGAGCUGUGCGUGGUGCUCUUCUGCGUCCCCUUCCUGGUCUGCUGCUUCUGCUACAUCAACUUCAUCCGCAUCCUGUCCCGGCUGCCCAACAUCAGCCGCAAGAGGCGCCUGCGGGCCAUCGGCCUGGCGCUGGGCACCCUGGUGGUGUUCGCCGUCUGCUUCGGGCCCUACAACGCCUCGCACGUCGUGGGCUUCGUCACGCAGGAGAGCCCCAGGUGGCGCGACGUGGCCUUGCUCUUCAGCACCUUCAACGCCUGCCUGGACCCGCUCAUCUUCUACUUCUCCUCCUCGGCGGUGCGGGGCAUGUCCAGCUGCUUCCUGCAGGGGCUGCGGCAGAGGCUGCGGCUGACUGGCUGCCGCCCCCCGGUGGAACGCCCGGGGAAGGACGCGGGAAGGGACCCCGGCCCGACGCAAGCUAACGCCCUCUGAGAGCAGGCGUUAGCGGCUUUAGCAGACAUGCUAGCGUAUGCAUUAGCGUGCAUGUUAGCGUAUGCAUUAGCGGACACAUUAGCGUAUGCAUUAGCGGACAUGUUAGCGUAUUCAUUAGCGGACACGUUAGCGUAUGCAUUAGCGGACACAUCGGAGGAGAAACACCUUAGCGGACAUAUCGGAGAAGAAACUCUGUCUCUGUGGUGGUUUAUAUUUGUGCAUGCUGUUCUUGGGUUAUUUGUCUUGUCAUUCUCAUCGGUCGAUUCCCUAAAUAUCUUUGCGGUGCGUAGUUGAUGACACGCAAUUCUUAGUCUUUCUAGUUCAUCUUUCUGGAUCCCUAAAUGUCUUCACACCACAUGACGUGUGGUUCAUCUCUCUGCCUGUUAUUUUUAAAAAUUGUUUUUCACUCUUGUGGUUUUCGCGCCCGUGCAUCGGAGAGUUUUACGCAGAAUUAAUUCUAGAUCACUAAUUUUAGUUUCACUUUCUUCGAAACGGCCCAUCGAUGAGCUGCGGGGAAGCAAACAGGAAAGGCAGCAACGCAGCCGCAUUGAAAUCACCCUACGCAGUUUUUAAAAAAAGCCACCCCCAGAUGCACAAAAGCCCAGCCGUGACACACGUAGGCUGAUAACGCAGCUCACCUCUGUGAUAAUGAACACCUCGUUGGGAUAACCUGCCUGAAUGAUUGACUUCAUUUUUUAACUCCCCUGUAGCCUUUUCCCGGGGAAAUCGAUGGCAUUCAAAGGCAGCAUCGUUGCAUCCCUGCUGACCCAAACACCUCCCGCUCUCCCUGUUUCCUGCCUCUGAACCUCUGUGCCAUGCAUGGAGAGGCUAGCAUGCAGGGACAGGGAUGACUGUUUGACUAUUUUUUCUAAAAUUAAUUAAUCAAAUUCCUUUAUACUGCAGUCACCAGUGGCAACUCACACAUCUACCGUAAUGGAUAAUAGCACAAUCACAUGUGGUAGGGACACGAGAAUGACCAUCAGACACCAAUUUGCAUGCUUAUCUAGGAAUAUGGCUAAGCUUGGUGUUCAGGUAAAUAAUUGCUGGGGUAAAACAUAAGGAGUGUUAAACUGGAACAAAUGCAGAACGGCCCACCUUGUCUACACCUGCUGUUUAGAAAUAAUGCGUGUGAGUCCCUCAGUUGCAGAAAAAAACACGUGCAGGGAAUCGACAAAAGGAAAACAGCUGCAGUAUGAGUUCAUACAGAGUCAACAGUACCUACUUAUUACCUCAUUUCAAACUAGUGAUACCAUGGAGACUCAGGCUGUGGUACCGAAAGUGAUGUAGUUAUUCGUUUUCUAGAAACAGUCGCCCUCGGUCCUGGUCCCGGCAGAGCCGCACAGUCUGCCGGUGCUUGCUUUCGCCACCGAUUCAGACCCAAGAAACCUCAGUGUGACCUCAGUUAUAACAGUGUAAACGUCUGCUUUCAACAAAAAAGCAGGUGAUCAACUGCUGUGCUACAAGUGCUGAGUAAAAAAAA